AUGUCGCUAAGAAGAGCCACCACCUUUGCCGCAAGGGCAGCCAUCGCAUCCUCACGACCCGCCAGAUUCCAAGCUUCAAGCCUGCUGCAGUCAACACCAAAGCUCCAAUCCACCAUCCAGCGACCAGCAACAUGUCUCGCACACCAACGCUUCCACUCUACUGAGGGCAGACCCGACAACAAAGUCUGGAACUUUGAUUCCGUCAAGCAAUUGACCGAGUCGCCAGACCCAUCGCGCNAUGUCCGCGAACCCGCCGAAUACGCUGCUGGCUUUAUCCCUACCGCCAUCAAUAUCCCUGUCUCUUCUGCACCGGAUGCGCUAUUCAUGCCCGCCCACGAAUUCGAGGAUAAAUUUGGCUUUGAGAAACCGACAGCGGAUCAAGAGUUGGUGUUUUACUGCAAGGCUGGAGUUAGGAGUUCUGCGGCUGCUGGAUUGGCUAGGCAGGUUGGAUACCAGAAGGUUGGGGAGUAUAGAGGUAGUUGGUUGGAGUGGAGUAAGAAUGGAGGUAAGGUGGAGUAUGACUAG